AUGAGCAAACAAAAGUCGACAACAACUGUUAUCAGUGGUGCAACAGCGAUGCCUAGCACCACCACUAUUACCAACGCGAACAAUCGUGCUGCUGCUGUGCUGCCUCGACCUAGGCGUCGAGAGCUUCAAAACUCUCUGCUGGUAUGGCUUGAUACCGAUUUCGAUGAAUCCAAAGGCGAUUAUAAAAAAUCAAUACAACAUUUACGAAAUAUUUUAGAAACAGUGACAACAUUUACAGACAUUGACGAAUGUAUUGAUUUUCUAAGUGAUAUUGAAAAUGAAAAUGUAUUUAUGAUCAUCUCUGGUGCCCUGGGACAACAUAUAAUACCAGUAAUUCAAGAAUGCCCACAGUUAGUCUCAAUUUAUAUUGUAUGUGACAAUCAAUCGAUUCAUGAGGAAUGGGCCAAAACAAUACCUAAGGUAAAAGGUAUAUACACACAAAUCGAACUGAUUUGUAAAGCAUUACAAAUAGAUCAAGAAAAUUGUGAUCGAGCUAUGAUCUCGAUAAGUUUUAAUAGAAUUGAUCCAUUAUUUAUGUAUACACAAUUGUUAAAAGAAGCACUUCUGCAAAUAGAAGAUGAUGAUGCAAAAUCGAUUAAGGAACUCGUUGAAUACUGUCGUCUUCAAAGCGAUGCUUCCGAAAAAACACUUGAAAAGAUUGAAGAAGAAUAUCGUAAUCAUUCACCCAUUUGGUGGUACACAGGUCCAUAUUUUAUCUACUCAAUGCUUAAUUGUGGUCUUCGAGAAAUGGAUGUUGACAUCAUCCUUAAAAUGGGCUUUUUCAUUCGUCAUUUACAUCAACAUAUUACAAAAUUACAUUAUGAACAACAAGGAAACAUGCCAACAAAAUUUCAAGUCUUUCGUGGACAAGGUUUGUCCAUGGAAGAUUUUGAAAAAAUGAAACAAACCAAAGGAGGACUUAUGUCCUUUAAUAAUUUCUUGUCGACAAGUCGUAAUCGUGAGAUAUCUUUCAACUUUGCACAACCAGCAUCAUUUAAUCCAAAUUCAGUUGGUGUUCUUUUCAUUAUGAACAUUGAUACGAAUAUUUGUACAAAAUCAUCGACAUCAUUUGCGGAAAAAAUAAAUUGGCCAUCUUAA